CCAGACCCGUUUAACGAGACGGACCGUUUUUUUAGUUUUUUUUAUGAUGAGUGUGAGUAUUCCUACUCGACCUCAUUCCUCCACCGAAUCCAUCUCCUGUGCGCAUGGGACGCACCGAGUUGGCACGGGGUUUUUUGUUACUUGAAUCGGACACAUGAAGAGGAGCUGAUGAAGAAACUCGCUGCAGUUAUUGACUAUCUUGACUAAGAAGGCUUUUGUCGUUUCGGUGGAUACAUAAACACGCAAUGGAUCAGGAGGAAACAAUGGACUUCAAGGCCCUGAGGGCCAGGUUCCAGGAGGAAGAACUCUUCCCGAAGCAACCCAAGACCAAACCUGCUACACUGGAGAAACCAAAGUUUGUCCCACCUCCCCCCCAGAGCCCCCCACACUACCUCCCUGCUGGAUCACGCACCUCCCUGCUCACCGCCAUCAACCAGAACCUGGAAGCGCAGACAGCGGGGGCCCCCAGAGUGGUCUUCAAGGAGGACAAGAAGGAGAGCAAAAAGCCUCUCAUCCAGAUUAACUCUAAGGGAAAAGACAAGAGUGAAGGGAAGCUGAAAAAAGCGAAAGACAAGACAACAAAAGGAAACAAAGAGAAGCUUGAGGACUCUUCCGCAGAUCAGAAGAAAGAGAAGAGGCUCCCACUGCUCCCCGGAGCUCCUAAGGAGAGCACUGCAGAGCUGGUGCCAGCCACGCCUCCUCCCAAACCCACGCCACAGAAGAAGAAGGGCUUCCUGGGUUUCAAGAGGUCAUCAAAAAGAGAUUCAGUGGUGCUCCCAGCAGAACCCUUCUUAGACACCCCCAGCUCAGACGUUCCUGGACCUGCUCCACUUAUCCCAGUACCUUCAGACUUUGGUGAUGCACCACCAGGGGCUGAAAUCGCCCCACCAAAGGCCCUUCAACCAAAGGCCCUUCUACCCAACAUUCCCACCUUUCCUGACUCGAGCGCUGCAGUGGAAAUUACCCCGCCCUCCACUAUCCCGGCCCCUCUGGACUUCACCCCACCUCCUGCCUUUAUUCCUGAUAUCCCAGCUCCCGAAGUUCCAACCCCAGAGAGGAAAACUCCACUUGAACUACAAGCUCCCGCCCUGGCCGUUUCCAGGCCUCCCAGCCAAAAUGAAAUCAUUCCCGAUCCACCCAGCGCUCCCCCGACCCCUCCGCCCAGACGUGCCGUCUCGGCUUCUCCUCCGGCGACCUCCACUCCCUCUACGUCACCUCCUGAGCCUGAGAUUGCAGCUGAGGCUGGUAUAGAGGCUGCAAACAUAGCUGCGGUGGCGACGCCUCCUCCUCCUCCUCCUCCUCCAGUAACAGACCCUGCGUCCAUUCCGCCGUCUCCCAAAGCUGAGCGUCCCAUCUCGGCGCUCUCAGCCCUCUCCAGGGCGGAGGACAUGGGCCCAGUGAAAAGGAUGUCUGUGUGUGACCAGAGGAUCUUCAAUGCUCUGGAGAAGGCCCGCAGGAAGAUCAGCCCGCCGACAAACCCCUCCCCAUCCUACUCCAUCACCCCACCUCCCAAAGAGCUCCCCCCGAGUCCCACCGGCUCUCUCCCGGACCUCCCCCCCGUUGAUUAUAGGGGGAAGGCCCUCCCACCGAAACCAGUCAACGGCCUUGACCACGGAGUCCCUGAGGAGGGGUCCGACACUUUGCCAGAGCUGUUGGUGGUUCCGCCUCCUCUCCCCAAGAAGGUCCUCCCGAGCCCUCCGUCUCUGGGUCCCGCUCCAGAGAAGCCAGUCAGACCUCCCUCUGUCAGCCCGGGUGCAUUCAUCUCUCCUCCUCCUCUGGAAGAAAAUGAGAUCCUUGAUCCUUCUGAAUUCUCAGAGACGGACGCCACAGACCUCCCAGAGUUUGACGAUGUGACCUCAGAUGCCUAUUCCCCAGAGCCGCGGGUGUCGGACUGGGGGAACACCGGUCCAGAUAAUCCAGACGGACAGAACCUGCCAGAGUUUGACAGUAACGGGCUAACUCCUCCAGGAGCCGAGGCCCAUGCAGCACCAGCAUCUGGGGACGAAUACCAAGAUAACCCACUACCUGAAUCCUCUUUCCCUCUCUCUCAGGAAUCUCCACCACUGGCGGGGCUCCAAGCUGAAGUCGGCAACGGUGUCUAUGAGAGUACAAACAACCUCUAUGAGGACGUCACCUCGUCUGCCGCCAAAAAGAAAGCAAAGGCUGACGGUGGCAAGAAACGCAAAGGACAGCCAAAGAAUCCAUAUGGCGAGGCACAACAGGAAACGAAUGAAGAGAAAAGCAAGCUGGGCCGGUUCAGCAAGUCCGAAAAGAAAGACGGGCCGGAUGAGAAAGAGCUGAAAAAGAAAGAGAAGCAGCGCCUGGAAAAGGAGAAGAAGGAGCUAAAGGAGAAACAAGAGCGGGAAAAGAAAGAGCAGAAAGAGAGGGAAAAGAAGGAAAUCGAUAUGAAGAAGAAAUUCAAAAUCACAGGACAGGAGCGGGCCAUGUACCAGGCAAAAGCAACUGUGACGACCAAGGCACGUAAGAACGAUCUGCCCCUCAACAGCGGUGACAUCCUCAGCAUCAUCCGGACAACCAACUGUCCCAAAGGGAAAUGGCUGGCCAAGGACAGCAGCAACAACUAUGGAUAUAUUGCAGUGGAUCAUGUGGAGCUGGACAUCAAGGAGAUGUUGGAGCUGGGAAAGAAGGCUGCCAUCACUCGUAAGAGCGUUCUAGAGGAGGAGGUUACCAGCCCGGGCAGCAGGGCCUCAAACCACUAUCCAAUUUCAGCAGAAAGUUUCUCAGAUGACAGUGAGGAGUGGACCGGUGACGAUGACGACCCUAUCUCGCCUACCUCUGAAACGGCAGACCCACUGGCUCCAAUGGGCCACACCAGGACACUCUCAAUGCCAGACAUGGGAAACAAAAACCUUAGUGUAAACCACCAGCACAGUCAAAGUGACCUCGCAGAUGGCACCCAUGUCCAAGCAAGACAUGAAGCACUUCAGAAGUUGACCACGUUUUUCCAUUCACCUAAACCUGUUGAGCCAGCUGCCAGCAGCACUGAACCAGAGACAAGUCCGGUGCUUGUAAAGGAGAAAGCAGUUUCCUCGUCUGAACCUAGUUCAACACAGGAAAUGGAUUUUGAUCAAACUGAUAUGCCCAUUUUACCCCCUCCUGACCUGUAUGCUUGACUUGACUGCUGAGAAAUUAUCAUAAAACAAGGACAAAAAGCAGCCAGGCAGAGGAAACAGGAUUUGCCUGCUGUUGUUGUUUCUUCACACUGUGACCCGUGUCAGUCGCCUAAUACUGUGACAGUCACUUCAUCUUCACGACUAUGACCUUAUUUACCUGGGGACUGCAUUUAUGGAUCAGUACGAUGAUGUAGAAGAGCAAGAUAAGGAGAUUUGUCGACGAGCGUUACACUAUCCCAGCUCUCAGAACUCUUUGUUUUUCACUUUUUUUUUGAAGCACUCGCUGUGAAACCAGAGAGGGACAGUUUGCCCGGUGGCUCUGAGUGACUUUGAAACUGCUGAUCCCAGGAAAGAACUUACAAACUGUCGCAGAAACACACACACCCUGGAGGCUCUUGUAGGGAAAAUUACACAGUCCGUGUGUGAAUACCAGAAAUCGUUUUUUGGUGGUGGAUAUAAGGGGAGGACAAUGGAAAAUCUUGAGAAUCUGAGAAAAUGUCUCAGGUUGAGACACCAUCCUGAGAAAAUACACAGCGGACACAGGCAGUGAAAAUCAGGGGGAAUACACUUAAUGGUACACUAUACACUCGUUACCCGUUUACAGUGUAUUGCGAACAGAAAUAUAGCUGACAAACUGACAAAUGAACAAAGACUUCAUAGACUUUUAGGUCAGGUCAUCAGCAAUAAUUAAAAAUAUCUGUGUGGCCAGCUCUACGCCACAGAUGAUGUGAUCUAUUUUCAUUAAUUUCAUACUGCAUACAUUUUAGGACUCUGAUUUACCUGAUUUGUAUUCCAAGUGUUUGGGUUACUGGGUUUACCCUCAUUAUUUAGUUAAAGAUCAUUACAGAUUAUGGAAGUGCUUAUGUAACUACUCGCGUCAUAGUACUGUAUUUAAAUGCUGACAUAUUAGGUAUAGUUAUGAUCUUUAAUGGCGUACCAAUAAACAACAACAUGGAGCUUGAUCUAAAAUAUACAAUUUUAAGAAUUCUAGUACCAGAUGCUAAGUGUUGGUCACAGUUGAACCUUGUGGAGGGAAGCACCAUCCAUGAACUUUAUUUUCUUUCUUUUUGUCACUUUUAUGUCCCUUCUUUUUUCUACGACUUUCCUCCAGCUGAUGAAUAAGUGUUACAGAAAGUAGUGUAAUGAUCACCUGAGGUCAUUUUCAAUGUAAAAUAUUAUUAUUAUUAUCUGAGGGUGCUUUUUUGUCUGGAUAGAAAAAGACAAAACUAAUCCUCUGUGAUGGGUGUCUGUGUGUGUAUUGACAAAAGCCUUUAGGACAAAAAAAAACAAAAAACAGUUUUCCUUUUUUAAAGUUUUGUUUAUUGUUUUUCAAUAAAUACUCAUUAAAGUGCAAAUCA